AUGGCACCACUGUCCCACUUCGCCAUCGCAGCCCUCGCAGUCGUCAGCGUGGCAGCUGCACCCUUGCUCACCCAGCCCAGCUCUAAAGCCACACUCGAGCGACGUCAAGGUAAAGGUGGUUCCUUCAGCAACUUCAUAUACGACCUGAUCCAGUACUACGCCGAGGAGGAAUUCAUGAAAGGAGUGGGUGAGAUCAGCUACAAGCCUGACAUGUCGAAUGGCUUUGAUUAUGAGAAGAAACUCCAGGACGCCCCUCCUCAAGCCGGACAGGGCUCCAAAGACCGUGUGGAAGUAUCGUGCGGCGUCGCAAGAAUGGCUUCGUGGAAAUGCAAUGUUGAAGAGUGA